UCGGAGAGUACCGAUAGCGUGUGCCGACAUCGCCAGAUCUUAGUUUCGCCGGCGGAGCAGCAGAUCACGUGUGGUUAAAUUAAUCUGCAUGGGUUCGAACACGGUCGAAGAGUUGCUUGAAACUUCAAUUGGAGUUCAUUUUUCAAGACUUCACCUUGAUAAAGUGGAACAAAGGAACCAUGAAGCAGAUCAACCAGCAGCUUCAACAGCAAACAGUCACAGGGAACCCUUUGUUAUUGGUGUCGCUGGCGGUGCAUCUGCAGGAAAGACCACUGUUUGCAAUAUGAUCAUUGAGCAGCUUCAUGACCAACGUGUUGUUCUUAUCAAUCAAGAAUCCUUUUAUCACAAUCUCUCGGAAGAGGAGCUUGCUCAUGUUCAUGAUUAUAACUUUGACCAUCCAGAUGCCUUCGACACUGAGAAAUUGCUUUAUUGUAUGGAGAGUUUGAAGCAUGGACAGGCAGUUGAUAUUCCAAACUAUAAUCCCAGAAUAUACAAGAGUGUAUUUCCUGCAAGAAAGGUUAAUCCUUCAGAUGUCAUCAUUCUGGAAGGAAUUUUGAUAUUCCAUGAUCCUCGUGUCAGGGCAUUGAUGAACAUGAAGAUUUUUGUUGACACAGAUGCUGAUGUACGGUUAGCUAGGAGGAUACGGGUGGAUACUAAUGAGAUGGCUAGAGACAUCGGGACAGUACUUGAUCAGUACUCAAAGUUCGUGAAACCUGCUUUUGAUGACUUCAUACUCCCGACAAAGAAGUAUGCCGAUAUUAUCAUCCCGCGGGGUGGAGAUAAUCAUGUAGCUAUCGACUUGAUUGUGCAGCAUAUAUGUACGAAACUUGGUCAACAUGAUCUCUGUAAAAUAUACCCUAAUCUGUCUGUCAUUCAGUCAACAUUUCAGAUACGGGGUAUGCAUACACUGAUACGCGAUGCCCAGGCAGCAAAGCAUGACUUCAUAUUUUACUCAGAUCGAUUAAUACGCUUGGUUGUUGAGCAUGGUUUGGGCCAUCUUCCUUUCACGGAAAAGCAGGUGAUUACUCCAACUGGAUCUAUAUACACUGGGGUGGAUUUUUGUAAGAGAUUAUGUGGUGUCUCAAUUAUUAGAAGUGGAGAAAGUAUGGAGAAUGCAUUGCGAGCAUGUUGUAAAGGUAUCAAAAUUGGGAAAAUUCUCAUUCAUAGAGAAGGAGAUAAUGGACAACAGCUAAUCUAUCAGAAUCUGCCAAAAGACAUCUCGGAUAGACAUGUUUUACUGUUGGAUCCUAUACUAGGCACAGGGAACUCAGCCGUGCAAGCUAUUUUAUUGCUUCUGGAGAAGGGUGUACAGGAAGCAAACAUUAUAUUUCUGAAUCUGAUUUCUGCGCCGCAAGGAAUUCAUGUUGUUUGCAAAAGGUUUCCCAGAAUUAAGAUUGUGACAUCAGAGAUAGAGUUUGGACUGAAUGAAGAUUUCCGUGUCAUUCCUGGCAUGGGCGAGUUUGGAGAUAGAUAUUUUGGAACUGAUGAUGAGUAGGUAGCGGGCUUGCCACAGUCCAAAUGAUUCCAAGAUAUCCCCCUGAUAAUUCAAUCCUGCAGAUAUGGGAUGAAAAUUUUCAGAUUGUAGCAUCGCUUGGUUUUGGCGGAAAUCUUCAACACUUUUCGAGAUCUUUUUAUCAUUACAAGUACUCUUGAUAUCUUUAUAAAUUUGUCAAAUUAUUGUAUUUUAUUGGUUUAAAAAAAACGAUGUAAAAUUAUAUGACCGUGCCACACUUUAGACGAAACUUUUCAGUUCAUAAGGUAUAGCAUCUAUUGCCCCUAUUAUAGUUUUCCUUCCUUUUGUGGGGUUAUACGUAUAAAUAUCAAAAGUUAGAGAAAGAAUACUAUUCUUUUACAUUAUUACA